GGAGGGGCGGUGAAGGCCAAGGCCUCCAGUGUGGCACUUCUGGAGGGCCACCACCAGGAUGGUGACAGCGACCAUAGCGGGGGCAUGAUCCACGGUGCUACCAUCAAGCAGGUAACAACUUAUGGUUACCAUGACCCUGGGAACACCCCAGACCACAGCCUUGAGCCCUCCGUUCAAGACGACAUUUACGUGGCUGUCUCGACUUCGAUGGCGGAGGUAGUUGAUCUGGCCACGAAGAAUAAAAAUCUCGUCAAGAAGAACGCCGAAGAACAAAGCAGCGGCCCGACCAGACCAGGAACUUGGUCUUCAAGGUCUGGUACUGUAAGAGUUGGUGAUUCUCAGACCGUCAGUACACCCAUUUCUGGUGAGGAGUCUUUGAAUCUUGAAACCGAUAGCAGACCUGGAUCUAGAUUUGGGACUUCAAAGUUUGGGGCAGAUAAGAGACCCGGAUCAGGUGAGAGAAAUUCAAGGUCGGACGUCGCCAGUAGGUCCAGCUCGAGAGGCAGAACUCCAGGAUCAAAAAGCGCUAGUAGAUCAGAAUCCAGAGACAGAACCUCGGCGCCACGUGCUGCUAGAACUGACUCCCAGGAGAGAACUUGUGUUAGCAGACCUGGUUCGAGAGACCGAGGUUCAGUAUCCGAAUUCACAAGCAGACCAACAUCUAGACAAAAAUCUUUAAAAUCUGACAGUACAAGUAGAUCGAACUCCAGAGAGAGAACGUCAUCUUUGAGUGCUACUAGUAAAUCAAGCUCUAGAGAGAGACCCUCAAGGGCUAGUGCUGUUAGCAGGGCAGCCUCAAGAGAGAGAGCUUCAGCCUUGAGCACCACCAGUAGGUCCAGCUCUAAAGAUAGAGCCUCGGCUGUAAGUGCCACCAGUAAGUCCAGCUCUAGAGAUAGAGCUCGGCUGCAAGUGCCACCAGUCGGUCCAGUUCUAGAGAGAGGCCCUCGAGGUCUGGCGCAGCAAGUAGACAAAGCUCGAGAGAUCGAGCUCCUGAUCUCAAUGAUGACAACAUAACCGGUCUGGA